AUGACCGUAUCUACCCCGCUGCUCAUUCAGUUGAAGCGCACCACCCUUGAGAGUAUCAACAGUGCCAUUGAAUGGGCGGGUGAAGAAGGCAGAGUCCAAGAUUCUGUGAUUGCCGCAAUUGCAUUGUUGGGACAGUGGGAACUUGAAUACGGCGAUGCGCCAGCUCAUGAUACCCACAUGGCCGGUCUUGUCGGCAUCGUCAAUUGCCUUCGUGGAGGACUGUCUGGUCUGCGGUCUCCGGGCUCCCAGGUCCUAUCACCCGUUGUGGUGAAUCUCAUUGUCAGUGCCGGUCACGAUGCAGCACUCUACGCGAACAAAAGACCGUCAUUCGACAGGCCUGGUGGAAUGCCUUCUCAUACCACUGCUACUCUCCCCAGCACUCUCCCUUCCGGUCUCAAAGAUCUCGAGAUGAAACGGCUCAUCAUGCCGACUCUACUUCAUUUAAUYGGACGACUGUCACAUACAGCAUCUCCCAACCCAGCCGUUCAAGCCCGAUUGGUAGAUACCCGUCAGGCACUUAGUGACUGGGAUCUUUUCACAUCAACGGGUGCCAGUUUCAGCAUAUUCCAAACGAUGCUCGAGGAUCACAUGAAGUGGCAAGCCCAUUCCCAUCUAAGACUCGCAGGUCUCAUGCUUUCUUCGCUUCUUCUCAACGAUGUCGAUUUGCUCACAUCUCUGUAUGCUGAAGCUCAGAAUCUCCGACCCGAGUUCCUUGUUGGAACGGUAUACGAAGAGCUGGCCUUCUGGUCUCUCUUCAUGAUAUGUGCUACCACUGGACAACGAGAUAUUCGACAUAUGCAGAUCCUGAGACGGCUACAGAUUGACCUGGGAUUGGAUAUCUGGGAGGCUUUGCAAGAGUUUCUCUUGAGCUAUUGCCAUCAAGAGGUUCUCGUCGGGAGCUCUCAUGCUCUUUGGGUUGCUGUGAGCGGCGUUACAUAUGAGAAGAGUGCGAAUGUGGGAAUCACAGACUCAACACGAUACGUCAAAGGCUCACGACAUCCGAUGACAUGGGUUGGGACUAGUGUGAUGAACGAAUGA